CAGCCAGAGCCCAUCUCUAGCCAGCUGCUACCUGAUUGUUGUUUAAUUUGGUAAAUUCAGGAUCUUUGUUCAUAUUUGAAUGCAAAGUCCUCUGUGAAUAUGUGCGGAGCUGAAAGGGAGUGAAAGCAAACAAUUUUUAGUUAUUUACACCUGCUCUGAAGCCUAGUAUUGGAUGUUGGCAUUUUGGGUUUCCAAACAAUAACAAAACUCGGCUGACACGGUGCUGACUAAGCGGCGAAAGUGGUUGCAGCAAAGUCCAAGUACUAUCAAUUGCUUCCGAUGGACACCAGCGAAAUGAUUGCACCGAUGGCGAACGCACGCCCCAUGCCGCCCGAGGAGCUAGCGAUGCAGUCGCUCACCAAGCAGCUGUACAAGUCGCGUCUCUUCCGCGGUCACUAUCUGGAGCGCUGCCUGGUGGAACAGGUGGGCGGCUACCGGGACAUAGUGGUGUUGCAAAGCAGCGAGCGGGAGCUGGAGAAGCUGCUGCACAACAGCGCAGCCCAACUGCGGAUGUUUUACCAGCGCUUCGUGCCCAACAUGUGGGUGGGCAUAACCAGCGGCAGCUAUGGCAAUUAUAAGCACACAUCGCAACCCGGACAGCUGGAGACCUGUAUUUGGGCGGAGCUAAGCGAUCUGGCCUUCGGCGAGUACUGGUUCAGCAUAAAAACAAUACGUUUCCGGGACCAGGAGGUCCAGCUGAAACUAAAGAUGGUGCGAGCCGUUGAGCCAGAGCCACUGGUCACCCCGAGACGAUCCAUUUCCGUUAACAGGAGCAGCAACAUCAACAGCAAGGCGAUAACCUCGGGCGACGAACCCCCUGCGACCGAUGAAGUCGCGGAUCAGCUCCAGCUGGGUCUAAACGACUUCCUGGCCGUGCUGCAGCAGUGGGGAGACGGCGUCAAGCAGACUGUCUACGACUUUAUGGCCAACGAUGUGAACAAGCGGAACAUAAUGGGCACCAUCCGGUUUUUGGCCCUGCUCAUCUUCUCGGUCAUUGGCGGGGCAGCAAUGGCGUUGCGAUUCUUUGGCGUUUUUGCUGUGCGCUUCAUGUUCGAGCUGAGUCGCUUCACCCACACCGCCACGCCGAUCGUGUUCAAGGUGCUCGAGUUUCUGAACAAGAUUGUGGGCGCGAUCUUCAUACUACUCACCAUGAUAUGGAAGGACCUUGUGAACAGGGGCCAGUCUGUUCCGAAGCAGCAGCAACAGCAGCUGGGGGCGAGCACACGUUUCAAGAGCAUCGCCUACGAGCGUUCAGAGCCGCACCGACGAAGCGAACGCUGGUGACCAGCAGUAGCCAGGUGUUAUAGCUUUGUAAUUAGUCCUGGGUGGAAGGGCAUCAUUAGGUCAAUGUCAUUGUGUUAUUAGCCGUAAGAUAAGCGAAGCCGCUGCACUCACAUCAUAUCCCAAGAUAGAAGAAGGUACACCUAUGAGAUUUCCUGAUCUAAGCCAAAUGCAAUAUUGUAAAUUAUUUUUGUUGGCCUGCCGCCCCACUGGCAGACAAUCACAUGCUUUUUAACACCCACUGUUAAUUCAUUGUGCAUUGUUCAAAAACUGUUUAUGUGUUCUUUUAACCCAUUUAGCGUUAUAUUGAAAAAUUUGUGUGAAUAAAUUGAAUGCAAUAUAAAUGCGAAAACCGAAAUGAAAGAGCUGGGUGGGUUGUCGUUUAGUUUUAAUAGUUAUACACUUUCCCUUUAUUACGUUAGUUGAUUUUAAUCUCGUUAAAUUGUUCUCAUAUAUAUUUUUAUUAUGUAUAUACUCGUGUGUGUUCAUGGUGUUGUUGUCUUCGGUCGGUCUGUCGUCGAACUUUACAGUAUUUCUGUGCUUGGUUUUCAGGGUGUUCGUGUUGUAAUCUCUUCAGAGAAACUCCACCUGCUUCUGCGCUCUACAUUGGAGUGGAAAAUGUUCUAUGGCAUUUCGAGGAGUGUUUCUCUGCUGUCUCGGAUGACUAAAUUUGCAUCCGGACGAUGCUUGGGGGCAUCCUCUGGUCUGUCUAAAUAUUAUCAAUCAUUAAACAACUAAAUUAUACAUUUUGUUUCAGUUUCUCUUGGGUUUUUUUUUCGGGGU